AUGCGCACCAUCUUCACAGCAGCAGCGACAGCAGCAUUCUGCUCCCUCGCUUCCGCCCUCCCAACAUCCAACCUCACCCCACGAGCAGGCGGCCCUGCAAUCGUACCCAUCCCUUCCACCUGCACCAUCACACCACUCGCCCCGCCUACUAGCAGCAACAACAACAACAAUCAGUCCUUCCUCCCUGCCCCGGCCACCGCCGACGCCUCCCUCUACAGCGCCUACUACCCCUCCUUCUCCUCCAACAAAACCCAAAUGGCACAGCAGUGCUUGCAACAAUGCUACGGCUACGGCGACCACAUCGAGUGCAAGACGGCAUUUUGGGCAGAGAAUGUGGUCGUGCCCCCGGGUUAUUAUGGCACCGAGGGCGGGUAUCUGGCUACGGCUUGUUUGAUGUUUGAUCGCGUGUUGAGUGAGGGAGAUUUUGUUGGGGCACCCGAGGGGCAGGGGACCGGGGCGUUUGCCGCGACGGUGGAGUGUUGA